UCCAAGGUGGAGCUUGGAUGGGUCACUGUAACCUCAAUCCUUAGAGGCUGUAAAUUUCAAGUACCAAAACUUAUUGAGGGCAAGGAGUACCUCUUCCGUGUCACUGCAGAGAAUAAGUAUGGUCCUGGAACCCCAUGCAUCUCCAAACCCGUCAUUGCAAAGAAUCCAUUCGAUCCUCCAGAUGCGCCGGAGAAACCUGAAAUUAAGGAUUCCACGGCCAGCAGUAUGCUUGUUACCUGGACAGAACCCAAAGACAAUGGCAGCCCCAUUGAGGGAUACUGGGUAGAGAAACGAGAAGUUAACAGCACACACUGGGCAAGAGUCAAUCGCACCAUGGUUCCUGAUUUGGAAAUAAAUGUAGAGGGCCUUUUGGAGGGUCUGACAUAUAUUUUCAGAGUCUGUGCGGAAAAUGUAGCAGGACCUGGAAAGUUCAGCCCCCCGUCAGAGCCAAAAACAGCACAGGCAUCAAUCAGGCCCCCAGGUCCACCAAUUCCAAGAAUUGUCGACACCUCAGACUAUUCAAUUGAUGUUGAAUGGGAUCCUCCUGCAGACAAUGGUGGCGCAGACAUCUUUGGUUAUCAUGUUGACAAAGUUGUUGCUGGUACCAAAGACUGGUCACGAGCCACAGAGAGACCAUGGAAGAACCACACAUUUACAGUGUUUGGUGUUAGAGAAGGAGCUAAAUAUAUUGUCCGUGUAGUGGCAGUCAAUUGUGCUGGUGAAGGACAACCAGGUUUUACUGAUGCAGUUAUUGUGAGAAACCCUGCAGAGGUUCCAGUCAUCGAGCUUGAUAUCUCAGUGAAAAAUGGUGUUGUUGUUAGAGCUGGAGAGAUGCUGAGAAUACCAGCACAUGUGACUGGUAGACCUUUUCCAUCUUUGAAAUGGACAAAGGAUGAUGGUCCAUUAGAAAAAGAUCGUAUGGAGGUAGAGGAAGCUGGAAAGGACAGCACUAUUGUUAUCAAAACCACAAAGAGAAGUGAUCACGGCAAAUACCAAAUCCAAGCAGCAAAUCCAAGUGGUAUCAAGUCUGCAUGGACCAGGGUUGAAGUUAUGGAUGUUCCUGGACCAGUUCUUGACCUGAAACCUGUUGUGGUUACCAGAAAGCUAAUGAUGUUGAAUUGGUCAGAUCCUGAUGAUGAUGGUGGUAGUGAUCUGACAGGGUUUAUUGUUGAAAGGAGGGAACCAAAGAUGCACACAUGGAGACAACCUAUUGAGACCGCUUCAUCCAAAUGUGAGAUUGUAGGUAUUAUUGAGGGACAGGAAUACAUUUUCCGUGUUGUGGCUAAGAAUAAGUAUGGAUGUGGACCUCCAGUCGAUCUUGGACCUAUCCGUGCUGUGGAUCCUCAAGGUCCACCAACUUCUCCUGAAAAGUUCCACUAUACCGAGCGGACCAAAUCCUCUGUUACUAUUGAAUGGAGGCCACCUCGUAAUGAUGGUGGUAGUCCAAUCCUUGGCUACAUCAUUGAGAAAAAGCGACAAGAUCAACCAGCCUUCCAGCGUGUCAACCCAGAGUUGAUGACUGCUCAAAUUUUGACAGUUGAAGACCUUGAUGAGUUGCAUAUGUAUGAGUUCCGUGCAAAGGCUGUCAAUGCAUUUGGUGAAAGUGAGCCUUCAAUUACCAUGACUGUUGUCAUUCAAGAUGAUGAAGUGGCUCCAAGUCUGCAUAUGUUAAAGCACUUCAAGGGUGAUUUGAUUCAAGUAAGGAAAAACCAACCUAUUGAGAUGCCCGCUGAAGUCACAGGCCUGCCAAUGCCAAAGAUCGAAUGGCUGAAGGAUGAUGUUGUUAUUGCCAAGCCAACUGAGAAACUCCUGAUAGAAACCAAAGAGAUUGAUAGGCUGACAUCACAUACAAAACUCUCCAUCCCUGGUGUUACUAGAUUGGACAAGGGCACAUACACAGUUACUGCCUCAAAUCGUUUGGGAUCUCUUGGUCAUUCCAUCAUGGUGGAAGUGUUGGAUCGCCCAACACCACCAAGAAACAUUGCUGUUUCAGAUAUCAAAGCUGAGUCUUGCAAACUAUCCUGGGAUGCCCCAUUGGAUCUUGGUGGCAGUGAACUUACCAACUACAUUGUUGAGAUGAAAGACCUUAAUGGUGAAGAUCCUGAAAAGGCCGAGUGGGUGCAGGUUACUAACUCCAUUAUCGAGAAGCAUUAUGCGGUAUGGAACCUGAAAACUGGUGGCAACUAUAAAUUCAGAGUCAAAGCUGAGAAUAAAUAUGGAAUAAGUGAGGCCUGUGAAACAGAGGAGGUUCAGAUUAAGGAUCCUUUUGCUCUGCCUGGCCCACCUGAGAAGGUCACUAUUGCUGAGCGCUCUAAGACCCAUAUGAUACUGACAUGGGAACCACCUAGGGACAGUGGUGGUUCUAUGAUUACUGGCUACUGGCUUGAGAAGCGUGAAAAGGGCACUUCGUAUUGGUCUCGCGUGAAUAAGAUCCUGGUGUCAAAACGUGGCAUGAAAGGCUGGGAAUACCAGGUUACCCGUCUCAUCGAAGGAACGGAGUAUGAAUUCCGUGCAAUGGCUUGUAAUUCUGCUGGUAUUGGACCACCUAGUGCCAUCUCUGAGUCUGCCGUUGCUGACGAUCCCUUGACUCCACCUAGCAUGCCAGCAGCUCCUGAGAUUGCUGACAAAACCAAGCAUAAUGUCACCCUUGCGUGGACCCCACCAGCUAAAGACGGUGGCCGCCCCAUCAAAGCUGCACCAAAGAUCUUCGUGGAUAUCAGUGCUGAUGAACUGCUCUGUAUCCGUGCUGGAACUCCAUUUAAGAUUCCAGCUACCAUCACAGGACGUCCUGUUCCUAAAGUUUCAUGGGAGUUUGAUGGCAAAGCAAAGACAGAAAAGAAGGAUCGUCUCCAUGUUUUACCAGUGGAUUCACAGGUUGAAUCUACAGACACUACCUCAGUUGUUACAAUUCCUGUGAGUUUGAGAAGCCAUUCUGGCAGGUACACAAUCACAGCAAAGAACAAAUCAGGACAGAAGCAUGUCAAUGUCAGAGUAAAUGUGCUUGAUGUUCCUGGAGCACCCAAAGAGCUCAAAGUUACUGAUGUCACCAGAACCACAAUGAGACUUAUUUGGAAACUGCCAGAUAAUGAUGGUGGUGAGAGAAUCAAGAGUUAUUUUAUUGAAAAGAAGGCUGUGAAUGGAAAGGCUUGGACAGUUGCCAACGCUACUUGUGCCAGCAUGGCCUUUGUUGUGUCCAACCUCCUCGAGGGACAGGACUACUUGUUCCGUGUUCGUGCUGAGAAUCGCCUUGGCUUUGGACCGUUUACCGAGACCACAGAGCCUGUUAGGGCAAGGGAUCCUAUCUAUCCUCCUGAUCCUCCUACCAAGGUGAAAAUUAACCUUGUUACCAAGAACACUGUGACCCUGACAUGGGUGCCUCCCAAGAAUGAUGGUGGAGCACCAGUAAAACAUUAUAUCAUUGAGAGGCUGAGCUGGGAUACCAGUGGUCCACAGAAAGAGACGUGGAAACAGUGUAACAAGAGAGAUGUUGAAGAGACUACCUUCAUUGUUGAAGACCUUAAGGAAGGUGGCGAGUAUGAAUUCCGUGUUAAAGCUGUGAAUGAAGCUGGCGCAAGCAGACCCUCUGUUACUGCCGGACCAGUUGUCAUUAAGGACCAGACAUGUGGUCCAAGUAUUGAACUCAGAGAGGCUUUAGAAGGUGCAGAAGGAUAUGAUGUCAGCAUUGUUGCCAGGAUUCAAGGCUGCCCAUUCCCAUCUCUUGUCUGGCACAAGGCUCCACAGGAAAAGCCUGAUGACAAAGCACUUGUACAGUAUGACAAACAUGUCAAUAAACUUGUUUCUGAUGAGAAAUGCACCCUGUUAAUUCAGCAGUCAAAGAGAGAUGACAGCGCCGUAUACACUCUCACAGCCACCAACAAUUUGGGAACAGCCACCAAGAGCAUCAAGCUUAGCAUUUUGGCUGUGCCUGGCCAAUGUGAGAAGCCAACUGUCACAGAUGUUUCACUUGAAUCUAUGACCGUUAACUGGGAUGAACCAGAAUAUGAUGGUGGCUCUCCUGUAACUGGCUACUGGCUAGAGCGUAAGGAAACUACAGGCAAGCGCUGGACAAGAGUGAAUCGUGAACCUAUCAGAAUCAGGACUCUAGGAGUUUCCCAUAUUGUGACAGGCCUCUUGGAGGGUGCUAUCUAUCAGUUCCGCGUUCUUGCAAUUAAUGCAGCUGGAAGUGGCCCACCUAGUUUACCUUCUGAUCCUGUUGCAUGUAGAGAUCCAAUAG